AUGGCUGAUCCUUUUCUAUAUAAUACUGGAGACAGAUCUCACUAUGGGUGCCUUGGACAUGAAGUACAAAUUGAGUACCUUAAGGCAUAUGUUUGUAGACCAUCUUUUUUCACGGACAAAGCUGUGAUUGUGGUUCAUGACGUAUUUGGAUGGCAGUUCCCAGAUAUUAGAUACAUAGUCGAUUUGAUUGCCGGUCAUGGAUAUUUAGCCAUCUGCCCAGACUUCUUCAAGGGAACAGAACCCUGGAAAUCUACUGAUCACUGGGCUGACUUUGCUGACUGGAUGAAAGAUCACGAUCCUAUGAAAGUAGACAAGGAAGCUGAUGUUGUCUUGAAGUAUCUAAAGGAACAAUGCGGUGCAAAGAAGAUUGGUAUCGUUGGGUUUUCCUGGGGUGGAAUGGCAGUACAUCACUUGAUGCUGAAAAAUCCUCAAUUAACCGCUGGGGUGUCCCUCUAUGGAAUAAUUAGAGACUCUGAAGAAAGAUACAAUUUACUAAAUCCGACAUUUUUCAUUUUUGGCGAGAAAGACCACACCAUUUCUUUGGAUCAGAUCUUCUUAUUGGAGGAGAAGUUGAAACAGUAUUGUAAAGUUUCAUAUAAAAUUAAAGUUUAUCCUGGACAAGUUCAUGGUUUUGCACAACUGAAGCCGGAAGAUAUGAAACCUGAUGAUAAACCUUAUAUUGAAGAAGCUAGAAAGGAUAUGAUUGAUUGGAUCAAAAUGUUUGUUUGACAAUAGCAGUAGGGAUUGAUAGGCUUCAAGAUCAGUGAGUGAUUUAAUUGAGAGAAGAAAACAGUAAAAGAAAAAGUAUGUUGAAAG